CCACAUGAAAACCUAACACUUGAAAAGAUGUAGAUAUUUCAUCUUAUCGCUUAUGUUUUAUUCUGGUAGCAUUUUUUAAUUUCUUUGAAAAAUAUUUCUGAAAAUUUCAAAACUGUAAAUUGUAAGAUCCUGCGUUAAACUUAAAAUAUUUUCAAAGGAAUAACUAUGAUAUAAUUAACAUUGAUGGUUUUUAAUGUUGAUUAUAGAACUAGUUAUCAUAAAAAAUCUACAUUUUACCAUAUUUGGCAUACUAUAUCAAAUAUCUAAGUAUAGUUGAUAACCAUCGCAUAUUUUCGCCAAUGUUUAGUUCACACAGGAGUCGAGUACCAAAUCUUUUACUCCAAUUGUUAAAUUACAACAAAGUUACCAUCGAGAUUGUUGCUAUCAUUUAAAUCCACAAAUGACAUGGUAAAGUUUUUAAUGAUUAUAUUUAUUAUAAUUGUGGACAAUAUUAUUUAUAAAAAUACUAUUUCACAAAAUGUUAAAAACUUUCAAUUUUCAGGCAUGAGACUGCAAAUGAGAUACUUGCUGAAAUAAAAAAAACAUGGUGCAUGUUAUAUCCUGGGUACCAAAAUCAAGGGUUGAAAUGCAAAAUUACCCCCCUUAAAUCAAUUAAACAAAUAGGACCAACUUGUGGAUUGGUUGUAUUAUGCAUGGCUGAACCUUUAUCAGAUUUUAGUGAACCUCGCGUGACAAUUGAUUUAUUGUAUAAUGAAGCAAAAAAACGAGGUUUCACUAAAUUAGGUGAAAUGUUUUCUACUUCCCAAAUGUGUGAAAUGGCUGAUUUAUUUUUAGCUAACUGGUACAAAAUUUAUCAUAUUAAUUAUUCACUCAUCAAGGAUAAGUCAUUUAUUGUAAAAUUGAUAAAAGAUGAUUGUUUAAUCAUUAUAUGUUAUGAUGAUGAUCGCAAUAUGAUGCCAACAGUUAACCAAGGACACACAGCACACUGGGCAAUAAUUUGUGGAAUGAUAGGAGAAGACCAUGUUAUAGCGAGACAUGGAAAAAAAUCAAAAUAUAGUGUGUGGCCCAUAAAUGAUUUAGCAGCUAGUAAUGAUGGAUUAAUAGAAGUGAAACCUACUUUAUAUCUAAACAUGGAUCAUUACGUUAUACCUAAAGAUGGUAUUAUAAAAAAAAGUCUAGCAUCACAAUUCAUGGUUUUAAAACCAAAGAACAAAUCUAAAACAUUAAAUAUUCAGUUUUGAUGAUUAUGACAAGUAUACAGAAAAAAAAUUUUAAAUUAAAUUUGUCUUAAAACAUAACAUUUGGAUUAUUGUUGAAAGUGUUAAAUUAAGAAUCAAGCUAAUUUGUAUGAAAAGUUAUGUAUGUAAGUAAAGAGUCCAAUGUUUAACACAACGUAGCACAUGGUCUAUAUUUAAUAGUUACCAUUUUAAUUUAUAAUUUUGAUUUUAAUAUUAUAAGUUAAUAAAUAUUAUAUAUUUAUAUUAUUUUUUAAAAA